UUUGAGAUGGAAACGAGCAGCAACAGUAAAUCAGCAAUGUCCAUCAGCAAUGGGUCUGCAUCAUGUAGUAACGGCGGAGCAGCUCUUCGUCGACCGAAAUGCGCCCGAUGUCGCAAUCACGGAGUCAUCUCUUGGCUCAAAGGCCACAAACGUCACUGCCGGUUCAAGGACUGCCUCUGUGUCAAGUGCAAUUUAAUUGCAGAGCGACAACGAGUCAUGGCCGCUCAGGUAGCACUGAAACGGCAACAAGCUACCGAAGAUGCUAUCGCUCUUGGAUUGCGCUCUGUCGCCACUGGAACCCGGAUGCCUUUCUUGCCACCUGGGCCCAUAUUUGGAGGCCGUGAUUCACCCAAGAAGGACGAUCCACUUGACGAAUCCAUGUACAAUUCUGGUUCAGAUGAGGAGGAACUGCAAGCCAUCGGCCAAGAAGAUCAACAGCGAACGGUAGAAAAAGUUCUGAAUUUAGCAUUGAACAAUAACGACGAUCCUGCAAUCACCGAGUCGCCAGCUGGGCCCAAUAAGGAACGUGUUCUUCAGCAUCACGGAUCACUUGACAUGCUGACCAGAGUUUUCCCGUUUCAUCCGAAAAAUGCAGUAGAAAGUGCACUGGAGAGUUGUGGUGGGGACGUCGCUAAAGCUGUCCAGCAGUUAGUUGGCCAUCAACCGAACCAUCAAUCGUCUUCUUCAGAUAUUAUGACGAUGAAUAAUGUCGAUGAUGGAACUAUGACUUCAAGUAAGGCCAAUAAUAGUGGAAGUAAUUAUUCAAUGACAACAAGCGGCUCGAAUAAAUCCGCCUUCAUGCCAACGACAUCCUUACUCCCGACCACAUCAUCGCCCAGUCGUUCGCAGUACGGACAUUCGAUGUCUGUAUCUUCAUCAACAUCAAUGGCAUAUCCUUCAGCUUUGAGAAUGAUGUCACCUUAUCCUUCGGCUGCAGGAAUGAUGUCGUUUUUGCACCCGUCGGCUUAUUUUGCGGCCGCAGCCGCUGCUGCGGCCAGCAAUCCACAUUCGUACCCUUGGCUUUUCCCUAGCCAUUACAGGCCGCCUAGCCAGCAUCCGUUCCAGCACGUUUGUUUGCCUGGAUGCUCAGUAUGUCCAAUAACAUCAGGUACGCCCUCGACAUCAUCUUCCUCAUCACCUGGUGAAAGCAUUAGUUGUAAUCCCAAUAACAGCAAUGUGAAAACCUCAACUUUAAUGUUGUCCUCAUCGCCAGAUAAAUUGUUUAAGACUAACCUUGGAAGGAAUAAAGAUUUCGUGUUCCAGCACGGUGGCAACAACUUUCCCUGA